CCGGGGGGGCGGGGUCACCGGGUGCGGCUGCGCAGACAACAAGGCAGCGAGCUGUGCUGGGCCGGGCGGUAGGUUGUGGGUUGUCACAGCAAUGCAAGGUGAAAGGUGCAGCACUGAAGAAAGAUGAGAUUUGGCUGCCUUUCUUUCCGGCAACCCUAUGCUGGGUUGGUUUUGAACAAAGUCAAAACAAUAGAGACUCGUUGGCGUCCAUUGCUGGCAGACUACAAGAACCGCACUGUUGCUAUUCACAUAGCUUUUAAAGACUGGGAGGAUGAAACAUGGAAAGAGGUCCUUUUGAAUAGACUUGAUAUGACACCUACACAAGUUGCAGAGUUGUUAGAUAAAGGGGAGAAAUUUGGCAGAGGAGUUAUUGCGGGGCUAGUAGAUAUUGGAGAGACAACAAAGUAUCCUGAAAACUCAUCUCCUGAAGAGACUUUGGAGAUGGAAAAGAAAGCUGUGCUGAUUAACCUGCAACAGAAAUACCUGACUGUGAUUUCAAAUCCCAGAUGGCUGUUGGAACCAAUUCCUGCUCGAGGAGGCAAAGACGUGUGGCAAGUGGACAUCCCCGAGGAGCUACUCCCUUUGGGACACAAGGAGUUGUCCUAGGCUACGUGUGUUGAUUCCUGAGCAUAAAACUGCAGUAUCAAACCUCACCAAUUCUGCUUUUCAUGGGUAUACGGGACUGAUUUAGGGUACUUCUUUAACCCUUCCCAAGCAGUUAGUUGAAGUAGAGAGAAAAUGUGUGGAAUUGUUAUUUUUCUGCAAAAUAAUGAAAUCGGCAUAAGGACCAGUACCAAAAAUGUCUGUUGUUUACUAACUGUGUAUGUCUACACAUACCCUGAUCAUUGUAAAUGCACAUGAUUUUCCGACAUUCUGGAUUUGAUACGUAUCUGUCCUAAUCCACACACACAAACUCAGGGUGAAGAAUGACACUGCCAUUGAACAUGUUUGUUUAAAUUUACCUGUUAGUCCUACAAAGAUUUAUGCAUGCAAGUAGUUCCAUUGACUCGCAUCCAUUUUUUAUUACAGUGGAACGACUCAUGUAAAUAAAGCACACGUGUAUGUGUUUGCAUCUAAGUAAGGCCAAUUCAAAAUUCAGGAUGCCUGUUUCAGAAUAAGAUACUAUUAUUGUAGGAUGUGAAUCUCAUUUUGAAAUUACAAGUUUCUGCUCAACUGGUUGUAAGCAUACGCACCAAGAAACCACAAAUACACUCACAUAGCACAGCCUCUGGCUAUAGUUAGCUUAAAUCUAGUUUGAAUUACAUAUCCCAGUUUACUCAGAUUCCCAUUACAGUUUGUUAUAUUGUAUUCUUUCAGUUCUUGUCCUAAACGGUUGUGUGGUGCUUCAUGGUGCUAAAACUUUAUGACGGUUGCAUUUCAUUAGUGGGGCAAUACAAUAUAAAAGGCCUUGCAUUCAUGGGAAUCAGGAGGGCUGUAGAAAUGGAAUACUUGGGUAAUAAUCAAAUGCAUCUUUGCAGUAUAAUAGUUUUAUUUUCUGUUUAUAGCAGGAGUGGGCAAAGUACAGCCUGUGGGCUGGAUCAGGCCUACUGAGGGAUUUUGUCCAGCCUGCAGCACAUCCCGCAGUCCCACCUGGCACAGUUGUACGGGGUAGCUUGGGCUGUGGCAUGACCCACAGGGCAGGGUAUUCUCCUGGGUGGCUGGGAUGGGGCUGUAACUCGGUGAGGAGUGAGACAGGCAGGAGGGGCUGGGGAGAUGCUGGGAUCUUAGGAUGGUGACAGUGCGGGGCUGGGGCCUGGGACAGAGCCCUGAUCUGCCCACAUGUCCCUGUGAUGGGCAAGCAGGGGGGUGCAGGGAGCAGAUCACAGCUCUGCCCCACCCCUGCUCUAUCACUGUCCCAAGACCCCAGUGCUGGACACAGGUCCCCACCUGGCCCCUGACCAAUCCUUCCUGCCUGGCUGUGUGUCCUGGCCAACCUCCAUGGAGAGCCUGGGAUUGCAGGGCGGCAAUAGCUCGGAACUGGGACAGAGCCCCAGUUCUGUAGCAGGGCCGUGCAGGCGGUGGAUCGCAGCUCUGCCUCGGGGCUUGCCCCAGCCCCGCAGUGUCACUGUCCCUCCAUCCCAGGGUCUCUGUGGAGACCAGCGGGGGGCUGUGCAGCCAGGCUGCCAGGAUGGGUUCGUGGCUCUGUGGGGAGCCGUGUCCGGGGCUGCAUCUGUGAUCUUGGGGCAGUGACAGUGUGGGGACGGGGCUGAGGCAGAGCCCCAAUCUGCUCCCUGUAUGCCCCUGCCCACAGAACCAGCACCCAUCGCAGGGGUGUGCAGGCAGUGGAUUGCAGCUCUUCCCUGGCCCCGCACUGUUACCACCCCCCGACCCAGCUCUGCAAUCCUGGGCUCGUCUGCCUGUCCCGCUCCCAAACAUUGGUCCCGCCUGCCCACGGCCAUCCCACAUAAAGAGUUUUGGUAAGUUGUUGUGCUGGGAGGGGGCGGGGGGCGGGCCACCCUGUGUGGCCCACAGGCCCAAAUAAUUGCCCACCCCUGCUUUAUAACAUGACAGAGGUGCUUUGGAGGGUGAGAACAGGCUUGGCAUUAGAGAUGUGUGUAUAAAAUAUAAUAAAAGAGGUAUAAGCUUUUAAAUUACACAUGGAAAACAUUAGUAAAUUAUGGGAAUGUAAUUUUUAAAAUAAAUUUUAAAGUGAGUGUAAAAACUUA